AUGAAUCUACUCACCACCUUUUGCAUUUUCAUUGAUAUUAUUGGCACAGUCUCCGCUAGAUAUGUCUAUGAUGACAGUAUUGAGCAGGACCAGGAUGACUAUCAAGUACCAAGACAUCGUGUUACGGUUGCAGCCUCACCAGUUCAAACAACUACGAAUGCAAUGACAACUGUCGUAACAACUUCGGAUGUAAUUGGGGACAAUGUGAGGGAUUUAUGGGAAGAAAAUGUCGAUGCAGGAAUGCGGAUAACUCGUAUUGUUGAGCUGAAAGCUUGUCGAACUGGAUUACACUUUCUGUUGUGA